GAGCGAGACGUGAGGCGCCAUCUGUCGCGUGUUUGGCAGUGAAGAGCGACUCAAAGGCUGAUUAUCAAUAAAAUGGCGAAAAUUUUACGUCAAAAAACUCUUUGAAUGUUUGCGAAACCUCUUCGACGGCAAGUGUUGGCAAAUGUCGCGCACUUUCGCCGGUCUUUCGGGCACUUAUAACGUGAGAGCCAACGAAUUGGCGCUCCAGAGGAAUACAAAGACCGUUCGAUGUCUCGUCUACUUCUUGGACGACACGCAACACGUCUUCGAACUCGACAGACGCGCCAAAGGAGACCAACUGCUGGACGUUGUGUUCCGUCAUCUGGAACUCAUAGAACGUGAUUACUUCGGCCUCCAGUUCACCGAAACCAUUGCCCACAGCGGACACUCCAAUGCCCGAUGGCUCGAUCCCAACAAACGCCUCCGCAAACAACUCAAGUCUUCGCGCGCGCCGUUCCUCCUCUUCUUCAAAGUCAAGUUCUAUGUGACGGAUCCGUCGCGACUGCUGGAGGAAUACACGCGUUACCACUUCUUCCUGCAGAUCCGCAAAGACAUAGUGAGCGCGCGACUCGUGGCGCCGUCGGCCGCGUUGGCGCUCCUCUGUUCGCUUGUGGUUCAAUGUAAGACCGAAUUCGGGGACUUUUGCGCCGAAGAACACGACUCGCAAUACGUCUCGCGCCUGAAACUAGUGCCGAACCAAAGCGCGGACUUCGAGGAGAAGGUGUCGGAACUGCACGCUCUCCAUAGGGGACAGACGCCGGCCGACGCCGAACUCAACUUCCUCAUCCAGGCGAAGGCGCUGGACAUGUAUGGCGUGGAACUGCACAAAGCGAAGGACACGAACGGCCGCGAGAUCCAGAUCGGCGUCUCGGGCUCUGGACUCUUGAUUCUGCACAACGGCCAGAAGGCGAAUCACUUCUCGUGGGCGAAGAUCGUCAAAAUCUCGUUCAAAAGACGCCAUUUCUUCGUCCAGUUGCGACGCGAGGGCGUGAGUCCAUUGUUGACCACUUUAGCACAUUGUGACCGAAUUCCCGAUUCACAGACGGAGCGCUUCGACGCGCUGUUGGGUUUCAACUCGUGUUCGUAUCGCACGUGCAAAUCGCUGUGGAAGGCGUGCGUCGAGCAGCACACCUUCUUCCGGCUCCAGACGCCCAAACCGCACACCAAGAAGUUCUUCUUCUUCUUCAGUCUCGGCUCGCGGUUCCGGUAUUCGGGAAAAACGGAGUUCCAGACUCUGGAAGAGAACCGCAAACGUCUUCAGCGCACAGACCGCACGUUUGUGAGAACGGCGCGCUUCCACCAAACGGUGCCCAUCCCGCACAUCAACAAUCUCAUGCUCUCGCUCUCCAACGGACAAUCACGUGACAGCUUUCAAUCCAAUCGCAUUCAAAGUACAGAAUCUCCGGCGAAGAGCGCGUGGAACGCUUCCUCGCCAUUUUGUCUCAAGUCGUUGCCUUUCAUCGACAAAGAGGAGACCAACCGAUUGUCGUCGCUCUCAGACGACUCGUCGCCCGUCCACCUGCACACCGUUCACAUGCGGCCCGACGCGGACGGCCGCUUCGGCUUCAACGUGAAGGGCGGUCACGACCAGAACUGUCCGGUUCUCGUGUCGCGCGUCGCGCCC